AGAAUGUUGAGCUUCUUGCCGAUUUAUUCUCUUGGGUUGAGCACCUUUGCCGGGUACAACACGAAGGAGAACUCUCCCAUGACCCCUGGCAUGGGAUUGAACCGGGACAAAAACGGAUAUUACUAUCCUGAAUUUCAGCGUGUCAAACAGGGUGAUUGGCGCUUUCAGAAUUAUGACAUGGACACCAGCUAUUUGAUCCCUGAGGUGAAUGCCUAUGAGUCUGAUGGCGCAUUCUCGGGCCCUGGUGCUAACCUGGACAUUGCUAUGAUUGCAUAAUCUACUUGAAGGCCGUGUACAAGGAUCUGAAGAAUUUUAAUUUUUAGUAUGUUGAAGUAUCUUCCUGGGCAGGUUUCAUCUGUGAGUAGAUCAAAAUGAAAUUGUCACUUG